AAGUUCGGCUUCAGUCAGCCGCCGUUGGCCGCAGUGGAAUGAUGUGGCUGCGAUGCUUCGCUGCGACGGUGUUGAUUGCCGCGGUCGCGUCGCGCGAAGUCUUCACCAACUCUUUCUUGGUGCGGCUGAAGCGGUCGGUGGCGCAUGAGGAGGCCCACCAGCUGGCUCUGAGCCACGGCUUCGACAACCUCGGCCCGAUUUUGGGGUCCGACACAGAAUGGCACUUCGCGCACCGCGGGUUACCCCACGCCCGACCCCGCCGGGCCAUCGCUCAUACCCGACUGCUAAAAAAACAUCCUCUUGUCCACACAGCAGUCCAGCAAACGGGUUUCAAGCGUGUCAAACGCGGUUUCCGUCCGCUUCGCUUACCCGAGACUGUGCCCGCGUCUGAGCCUCGCGACCCUUACUUCCCCCUGCAAUGGUAUCUGAAGAACACUGGACAAAAUGGCGGGAAGCCGAAGUUGGACUUGAAUGUGGAGGCUGCUUGGGCACAGGGCUACACCGGUGUUAAUGUUACUACAGCUAUUAUGGAUGAUGGUGUCGACUACAUGCAUCCCGACUUGAAAUACAACUAUAAUGCCGAGGCGUCGUAUGAUUUCAGCAGCAACGAUCCCUUCCCAUACCCGCGAUAUACGGACGAUUGGUUCAACAGUCACGGAACGAGAUGUGCGGGCGAAGUAGCUGCAGCUCGCGACAAUGGUGUAUGUGGAGUUGGUGUAGCCUACCACUCCAAAGUUGCAGGUAUAAGAAUGCUGGACCAGCCAUACAUGACAGACCUGAUCGAAGCCAACUCAAUGGGGCACGAACCUCACAAGAUCCACAUCUAUAGCGCCUCGUGGGGCCCUACUGACGAUGGACGGACAGUGGAUGGUCCCCGGAAUGCCACCAUGCGAGCUAUAGUCAGAGGUGUUAAUGAGGGUCGCAAUGGUUUAGGCAACAUAUACGUGUGGGCGAGCGGAGACGGCGGGGAAGACGACGAUUGCAACUGCGACGGCUACGCGGCGUCCAUGUGGACUGUAUCAAUUAACAGUGCAAUAAAUGACGGUCAGAACGCCCACUACGACGAGUCCUGCUCCUCGACUCUCGCCAGCACGUUCAGUAACGGCGCCCGCGACCCCAGCACGGGCGUGGCCACGACGGACUUGUACGGGAAGUGCACAGCCACCCACUCUGGUACGUCGGCAGCCGCGCCCGAAGCCGCCGGGGUCUUCGCAUUGGCUUUACAUGCAAAUCCUAAACUAACUUGGCGAGACAUUCAACAUCUGGCGGUGCUAACGUCGAAGAGGAACUCUUUAUAUGAUGCGAAGGGCCGCUUCCAUUGGACGAUGAACGGCGUGGGGCUCGAGUUCAACCAUCUGUUCGGUUACGGCGUGCUCGAUGCGGGCGCCAUGACCGCAUUGGCGGCCAACUGGCGCUCCGUGCCGCCGCGGUACCACUGCGAGGCCGGUUCUGUGAACACUCACACCGAGAUCCCUCCUGAGGGCGACAUAGCAGUGAGCCUGCACAUCGACACGAGCGCGUGCGCCGGCACGCCCAGCGAGGUGCGCUACCUGGAGCACGUGCAGGCGGUGGUCAGCGCCAACGCGACGCGGCGCGGCGACCUGGAGCUGUUCCUCACCAGCCCGAUGGGCACAAGAUCAAUGAUACUGAGCCGACGUGCGAAUGACGACGACAGCCGCGAUGGGUUCACGAAGUGGCCCUUCAUGACCACCCACACGUGGGGCGAGUACCCGCAAGGAGUAUGGACGUUAGAGGGUCGGUUUAGCGGCGGUUCAGGGCCGAGUUCAGCCUCCGGUUGGCUCCGAGGCUGGUCCCUGGUGCUGCACGGCACGAGGGCGCCGCCCUACGCCCAACUGCAGCCCGAGGACCCUCACUCCAAGCUGGCCGUCGUGAAGAAGGCGCACGAAGACAAUGCGACUACUAAGUAGACACUGAUGUUAAUGAUCUAGAAAUGAGAGGACGUCUUAUGUUUGGACAUUUAAAUCAACUCCUUAUAUAUUUUAAAUUCGAAAGAAGCACACUUUUUGACGUGACAACGUCUUAUAAUUCGAUGAUGAAGCCAGCUGCACGCUCGAAAAAAUAUGACGUCAUGCGUCGUUCCCUCGCUCUAGGGUUGCCAACUUUUUUUACAAUAAGUAAAGUAUAUUCUGGUCUAUAAAGAUUAAUAAACAGUAUUUUAGAAAAACGAUCAUUUUCUCUUGAAAAAUACAACCAUUCCUUCAGUAUUUUCUUAUGACGUAGUCACCGACCGUUAAACCGACCUUACAGACAACCGAUUUUUUUUUACAAUGUUUACCACAAAAUACUUUUAAUAAGCAUGAUGUUAAAAGUCACUCAUUGACUCAAUGUUUUAUACUAUUAGAUAUGGCACACUAGCGCGUCAAAAAAGAGCCGGCAAAGUCAGCCAAUUGGCGUGAUUUCAUUAAGUCGUAUAAUAAACGACGAAAGUUAAUGGAGCUUAAUAAUAUUCGUAGAUACCUAAACAUUAUCUAUAAUGUCGAGUUGUGUGUUCAGAGUGUAAAAACUAUAUAUUACAUGAAUAUAUAAUGUAUUAUAUAGUUCUGCCUCCGAUUCCGGAGGGUGUGGGUUCGAAUCCGGGGCAUGCCCCUCCAACUUUUCAGCUGUGUGAAAUUUAAUAUCACGUGUCUCAAACGGUGAAGAAAAACAUCGUGAGGAAACCUGCAUACCUUAGAAUUUUCAUAAUUCUCUGCGUGUGUGAAGUCUGCCAAUCCGCAUUGGGCCAGCGUGGUGGACUAUUGGCCUAAUCCCUCUCAUUCUGAGAGGAGACUCGAGCUCAGCAGUGAGCCGAAUAUGGGUUGAUAACAUCAUAAUGUAAGUGAACACAAAAUUGUGCAUGUGUAUGCCCAGUGGAGUACCUGAGUUUGGAACACUUUUACGGUCAUUUUGUAGACACGUAACGUAUCUAAUAGUAUAAUAUCAUUGGUUCUACAAACAUGUAGGUAAGUUUGACAACCAUUCAAUGAUCAUUAAUUGUAUCAUUAAGAUAUCUUUUCGAUCAUCAUGAUAAUGAAAGAAGAACAUACUCGAAAGAAAGAAAGAACUUGUCAUCUUUACCUACACAGUAAAGUCAUCGGCUCGUUUUAUUGGUGACAACAAGUGCUAUGGAUCAGGAUUACUAUUAGUAAGUAUUAAUCAACAACCCUGGAUUUUUCCAAGGAUGCUGGAAAGGUAUUGAAAAGUCGUCAACUAGCAAUCCAAUUGUUUGGAACUACAAGAUUGUUGUCAAAAGCUUGUUUAUAGGUUUCUAAAUAAAAUUAAUUACGGACAUAUUUUUGGAAUAAAUCUCAUUUCUAGAUCUAUGAAGGUAGAGUUUAACUAAAUAACUUCUUAUAUUAUAUCUAUUACUAAUGUUCUCCAAAUCUAUACUUCUUAUAUUUUUAAAUCAAUUCAUUGUUAUUAAUAUUCUUUUCUUUGAACUUCAUUAAGCCUUAUACACACUGACGUUUUUCUUACACACAUGGUUGGUGUGUGUUUAUUAACUUAUCAUGAAAAAAUUCUAAAAAGAUAAAAAAACACACAGCGUGUAUAUAGCCUAAAUACUUCUUAACUAUUUCGUUUUACUUGUAAUAAAAAGAAAUGAAAAUGAAAUUGAUAAAAUCAAAAAAUUAAAUUUAUCAAUCGAGCAGGGGCCAUGACUUCGUGGAAUAUAUAAUUGUAUCUUCGGAUUUAAUAUUUUUUCUAUACAAAAUAUAAUUUCACAUAAUAAAAAAAUACUUUGUUUGAAUAUUUAAAUUAUAGUUUUUUUACGUUUAUCAGCAGGAUUUUAUGUAUCAUUUGUGUAUCGUUACGGGUAACUAUAUAAUUUCUAGUCAUUAUUUUAUUUUCCUAUUGUUUUACUACAAAAUAAAAUAUAAAUAUAUAAAACUUAAGUUUUAAAUUUUGUUCAUCUUCCAUUCAUAAUAUAAUAACAUUUUUUUUGAUCAUAAUGUCCGAGACAUAUCAAAAUUUAAAACAACAAAACGGUUAUUUAUCUUAAACGUGGUUACCAUUGUAAAUACAUAAUGGUAAAUUGGUAAGUAUAAUGUUAAAUUAGAAGCUGAGCAAGAUUUAUCAAUAAGUACCUAGAUAUUUUUUUAUUUAGAUUGAAAGAAUAUUUAAACAGUUUGAUUUAUAUAAUUUUAAACAAUAAUCACCAAAUAAAGUUAAUGGUAUAUGAAAUGUCACAAAUAUUUCAUCAUUUACUAUAAACCUCCAUAUAUCCAUAUAAGAAAUAAAAAGUGAAACACUUAGUGUAAACAAUGAAUCUUGCGUUUAUGUUUACACUCGUCAGACAGAUUCAGAUAGAAAAAUUAAAUGGCCAGAUGAUGUUAAAUAAUCAUCAUUUGUUAUCAACGCCAUAAUAGAGACGUCAAUGCUUAUUAAGACGAGAUACAAAGUUUUACGAAACAUCAUUUUUUUUAUCUUCAAUAUGGUGGUUAGAAUAAAGCAUCGAGCACACUGAGGUUUAAGGCCAUGCGUGCGCAAUCACAUACGCCUCAGUGCUUCGAGAGCCAUUCAAAGCAGUAAGCACAAAAGCACACAUUAAAGCGCCAACGUAUUUAUCGGUACAAACUUUCUUCCAUGAGUUCCAUUCCAUGUACAUUUUUAGUGUUACCAUUUAUUAUAUUUUACUAUAUAUAUACAAUGAUGUAUUGUAACAUUAUUAAAUUCGGUAACUCAUUAUUUAAAUUUCAAAUGGCCUUCAUUAACCCAGCUAAUUGAAGGACAUUUGAAUGAUACUUUCCACGGCACAUACAAUAAUGCGCGUUAUGUGUGUGUUUUGGAGACUGAAAAAGUCUUAUAUUUUCGGACUGUGUGAAAAAAAUCAUGCAAUUUGGUGCGAUAUACGUAAAACGCGAUAUCACAUUAAUACUUAUCUAAUCAUUGUUCUUACUAGACUUAAUAAAUAUAUCUACAUAUAAAAUAUUACCGAGGCUUAUGUCGCAUCAAAUUGCAAUCUCUAAAGCUGUAUGGGCGAUAAUUAAGCUAAGACUACACUAAAUCUUAAGAUUUAAGAUUUCCACUAAAUUAAAAAAAAACGCUUUGAGGUGCGCUACUUUAUAGAUUUGUAUCUUUUUAAUGGGGUAGUGUAGCCUAAGCUUUAUGGUGUAAAAUUUUUUCAAGUAAAAAUGAAUAAAAAUAAAUACCAUUUCGAGCCCUUAUGAAUUACCAUUGGGCCCUUUAUAUAUUUUCUUAAAAAAUGUAUUAAAAUAGAUACGAUAACAUUUCAAGUGUUUUGUUCUAAUAUAAUAACCAAAUAGCAUAAAAUUAAUUAAUAUAGUUUUAUAAUGGCAUGCAUUAGGAGUUUUAUUGCAAAGUAGAGGAGUUUAGUUUAAGUCAAAUCAUAUAAAGAGAAAAUAUAUUAUGUAUAACUAUUAUAGAAAAUAUAAUGUGAUUUGGUGUUGUAUUUGAAUUAAAGGACGUUUUUAUAAUUGAUCA